AACACCCCCUCCUACCAUCCCUCCACCUCAUCUUUAUAGCCAACUCUUCUACUUUACUCCGUCAUAAGAUCUCAUGUGAACAGCAGGGAACGAUGGAGAUAUCUCAACUGCUCCUUCUGCUCUGUGUGUGGGCGCUCAGCAGCCUGUCCCUGCAAUCAGCAGAGAUGAUUGAACAUUGCCCAGAUAGGAUUCUGGAUAAUGAGAAGAGACGAACAUGCCCUAAAAAGUGCCAACAAGACAAUGAUUGUGGCAACAAGCGCCAAUGUUUAUGUGAUGGGCCAUGCGGACUCAGCUGCGUGGCUCCAGGUCGGACAUGUCCAUGGCCUCUUCCCAGCAGUGAACACUUCAAUGUGACUCUCCUUUCUCCAUCUCCUUCUUUCUCUGCUCUUCUGGAGGUACGCUGUCAUCCUGGUUACACCAUGACCAAUGGCCUGAAUGCUACUAUCCGCCGGUGCCAAGGUGACCGACAAUGGAGUGGUGAUGAUCCACGGUGUACAGCAAAUCACCCACGCAUGUUAGAGAUUGCCAGAUAUGAGUCAAGUGAAUGUGUGAACAGAUCAUUCCAGAUGGAUCGCUGUGAAGCUGUACACUAUUCAUCUGUCCUCUCUUCCACCUACCCACCCACCCACUCAUUCAUCUAUCUUCCCAUCCGUCAACAUCCAUCCUCCUGCACUCCUUUGUGUCCUCUGGCGUUACAUUCAGCAUCGUUUAAGCAUCGAGGUAGAAAUGCUGAAACAGAGCCUGAAUCUAAACUGGCUUGCCCUUUGCCUGAUCAUGACUUGCUGCUGAUUCAUGGCAGUGCUGCUGUAGGCUCCACCAUACAGUACCAGUGUGCUCCUGGAUCUGUACUGGUUGGAAGCAGUGAAAAUUUUUGUCACAAGGACCAGACGUGGCGUUAUCCACAACCCGUCUGUCAACGUGUGUUUUGUCCGCCACCACAGGAAGUCAAUCACGGUUACUUGGUGGCCGUGCAGAAAUCUGAAUAUAACAUGGGCGACACCAUCUAUUAUCUUUGCAAAAAGAACUUCCUACUGGAUGGGCCUAACCAAGUUACUUGUCAGUUAGAUGGCACAUGGAGUACAGUACCUUCCUGUCGAGCUCGCUGUCCAAUCCCUGCACAGCGCAGCAGAGUGAUAGUGGGUCGGGUUAAGAGCUGGCCCUAUGACUUGACCGACGGGAUGGUCACUCACGGUGAGAAUGUAACGUUCUUUUGCAAGCAUCCACAAAAGUCUUGCAGUUUCACAGCCACAGAGACCUGCUUUGAUGGACUGCUCCCUGCACCCAGCUGCUACCUUGAACCCACCUGGUUUCAGUAUAAACUCUACCCUCACCGACUGGUAUCAGAGAUUAAUCCAUGUGAUCCUGCUGGCCUGGACUCCACCUCUGAGUGAAAUACUCUUACAGGACCCCAUUCUACCUAGAUGCCACUUCACCACACAGGACUCAAACUUCUUGUUAUUCAUUUCAUCAGUUCUAAGAUCUAGAUCAUUUUACACAUUUUUUUAUGCAGAGAAUUUUAAUUAUCCGACGUCCUUUUACUACGCUGUGCUUCAUACAGGAGCAACGGUCAGGAAAGUAAGCAGAAUGCUGUUUAGGGUCCAUUGAAUACAGUUCAUAGUUCACCAAUGGGGAGAUAAACAGAACUUAUGGAAUAAUUCAGAUCAUUUAGAUUAAAUAUGGAAUAUUUUCAGUUGACAGUUAAAAGAAAAAUAAGCAUAUAGAUAUACUUCAUUCAUAAUUUAACUUGAAUUUGAGUUGUUUUUUAUUUUAAUUUUUUCACUUUACUCUAUAUUGCAUUGAUAAAGUUAUCUUAAACAGAAUGGUUGAAAUGUAUGUUGUAUAUUAGCUGCUUUAUUCUUAUUUUAUAAACUUAUUACAAUUGUUAAAAGACAUGUCAAGCAAGUUUCAAACUGACUUUUUCAUAAAGUUUUAUACCUCUGUACAAACACACAGCUUAGCACAACUGUUUAUUUCAUGACCAAAAUCCACUACAAUGACAUGUUGUAACACAACAAAUACUUUUCAAUAAAUUCAUUUACCAAAA